GCAGCGGCGGAGCAUCCCCGGGCGGAGCAUCCCGGGCGGAGCAGCCCCGGUCGGGCCGGCCCCGAUGGCCCCGCGGGUGGCGGUGGCGGCGGGCGGGCGCUGAGCGGGAGCUGCGGAUGCCGGGCCGGGCGCUGCGGGCAGCGGGGGGCCGCGACCCGGGGCUCGCCGCGCCCCUCCGGCCCCCCAGGGCCGCGGGGAGCCCGGACAUGGGCGUUCGGCUGCCCCGGGGCGUGCUGGUACCUGCGGGAGGGCGCCCGGCGGAAAGUCCCUUCUUCCCAUGAGCAGCGCCUGCUCCCGGCGCUGGGCGCUCGCCAUGGACACUGUGAAAACCACCUACAUCGUGCUGGAGCUCAUCAUCGCCGUGCUCUCCAUCGCUGGCAACGUGCUGGUCUGCUGGGCCGUGGCCAUCAACAGCACCUUGAAGAACGCCACCAACUAUUUCCUGGUGUCGCUGGCCGUGGCCGAUAUCGCCGUGGGGCUGUUGGCCAUCCCUUUCGCCAUCACCAUCAGCAUCGGCUUCCAGGUGGAUUUUCACAGCUGCCUCUUCUUCGCCUGCUUCGUGCUGGUGCUGACCCAAAGCUCCAUUUUCAGCCUGCUGGCGGUGGCCAUCGACAGAUACCUGGCUAUUAAGAUCCCACUGAGGUACAACAGCCUGGUGACCGGCAAGAGGGCGAGGGGACUCAUCGCAGUGCUGUGGCUCCUGUCCUUUGGGAUUGGACUGACCCCGCUGAUGGGCUGGAAUAAAGCCAUGAGUGGCUGUCCCAACGCCACCAACGAGACAGGGACAGAGCCCCAGGGCUGCUUCAUCUCGUGCCUCUUUGAGAACGUGGUGACCAUGAGCUACAUGGUCUACUUCAACUUCUUUGGCUGCGUGCUGCUCCCUCUCGUCAUCAUGCUGGGGAUCUACAUCAAGAUAUUCAUGGUGGCCUGCAAGCAGCUGCACCAGAUCGAGCUGAUGGGCAACUCCAGGACCACCCUGCAGAAGGAGGUCCACGCAGCCAAGUCUCUGGCCAUCAUCGUGGGGCUUUUUGCCUUCUGCUGGCUGCCCCUGCACAUCUUGAACUGCAUCACGCACUUCCACGAGGACUUCUCCCGCUCCAAGCCCGAGUGGGUGAUGUACGUGGCCAUCAUCCUGUCCCACGCCAACUCCGUCAUCAACCCCAUCAUCUACGCCUACAGGAUCCGCGACUUCCGCUGCACCUUCCGCAAGAUCCUCUCCAAGAUCCUCUGCAAGGCCGACGACUUCCCCAAGUGUCCCUCUGAGCACAACCAGCACCUGACUGUCAUCAACAUCAGCUCCCCCGCGGCCUCGGUGACCGUAUGACCCCAGCCUGGCUGCCCUGCCCGUGUGGGCAGCGCCAGGAGAGCUGAGAUGACCACUAUGAACUCCUGAAGCUGUGUCGUUAUUUUUAUUUUUGUAAUUAACGUCGUGCCUGGUAGAGGAGUGACCUGAGCGGGGACACUGAGUGCAGCUGGCCCUCCUCUGUAGCCCCAGGGGUGUGAGAGCUGUGAUCCUGUGGUGUUUCCUUUCCAGGUGUUUCCUUUCCAGGUUGGACACUGACUGGGGAAGACUCACCUGCUGGGGGGGUGUUUCCCCAAUUGUGCUGCUCAUGUCGAGUCAUAGGAUCUUUAUUUUAAUUAUUAUUAUUAUUAUUAUUUUUUAAUAUUUGGAUUCAUUUAGGAGUAAUAAUUUUGUGUGUGUUUUUUGAGUUGUUCUGUGAGUUCAUACUUGACAGCACUUUGGUAAUACCCUAAUUAUUCCAUCAA